GUUAACAGCCGUCCUGCCCUUCCCGAGGCUGCUGCUGCUGAGUCCGGGAGGAGAGGGUUAUAACCAUGGGAGCCAGCAGUCUGAAAGGGAAUGAGCAGCCGAGAGAUCUGGCGUUCCCUGGGCAGCUUCAAAGAGAGGUGAAGCGUCUGAAUCAGCGCAGGAUCAAAUGAGCAGGGGCCGCUGCCAUGCGGGCAGAGCCGAGCCGUGCAGAGGCAGUUGGACGGGUUCGUGGCUGAGCCGGUUCAUCCAGUGCCCAGGAUGGGAAGUUACCUGUCGGCCCCAGCUUACUUCGCUCCCAAGGAGCCCUUUCGGUGCUCUGAAUGCCAGGAUCCCCUCACUAACUGGUACUAUGAGAAAGAUGGGAAGCUGUACUGCCACAAAGACUACUGGGGCAAGUUUGGGGAAUCUUGCCACGGCUGCUCUCUGCUGAUGACUGGGCCUGUGAUGGUGGCUGGCGAGUACAAGUACCACCCCGAAUGCUUUGCUUGCAUGAGCUGCAAGGUGAUCAUCGAGGAUGGGGACACUUACGCGCUGGUGCAGCACUCCAGUCUCUACUGUGGCAAAUGCCACAACCAGAUUGUGCUGACGCCCAUGAUAGAAAAGCACUCCACGGAGUCCCUGCGUGAGCAGCUACCUUACACCCUCACCCUCAUCUCCAUGCCAGCAGCUACUGAUGGCAAGAGGGGGUUCUCUGUGUCAGUUGAAGGUGGCUGCUCCAGCUAUGCCACCGGUGUCCAGGUGAAAGAAGUUAACAGGAUGCACAUCAGCCCAGACGUCCGGAACGCCAUCCACCCUGCCGACCGCAUCCUGGAGAUCAACGGAGCUCCCAUCCGCACACUGCAGGUGGAGGAGGUGGAGGAGCUGAUUCGCAAGACCAGCCAGACGCUGCAGCUGCUGAUCGAGCACGACCCUGUCUCGCAGCGCCUGGACAAGCUGCGGCUGGACUCCCGGCUGCCCACCCACAUCAAGCCACCCCUUUCCCCACGCUCCCUCUCGCCACUGGACAUCAAGGAGAACCUGGAGGGAACGCUACGACGGCGCUCCCUCAGACGCAGCAACAGCAUCUCCAAGUCCCCAGGCCCCAGCUCCCCCAAGGAGCCGCUGCUCCUGAGCCGGGACAUCAGCCGCUCCGAGUCCCUGCGCUCCUCUUCCAGCUGCUCCCAGCAAAUCUUCCGGCCCUGUGACCUGAUCCACGGCGAAGUCCUAGGAAAGGGAUUUUUUGGACAAGCAAUCAAGGUGACUCACAAAGCAACAGGAAAGGUGAUGGUGAUGAAGGAACUGAUUCGCUGUGAUGAGGAGACACAGAAGACUUUCUUGACAGAGGUGAAGGUGAUGCGCAGCCUGGAUCACCCUAACGUGCUGAAGUUCAUUGGGGUGCUGUACAAAGACAAGAAGCUGAAUCUGCUCACUGAGUACAUCGAGGGGGGCACUCUGAAGGACUUCCUCCGCAGUGCAGACCCGUUUCCCUGGCAGCAGAAGGUCAGCUUUGCCAAAGGAAUUGCCUCGGGAAUGGCUUACCUGCACUCCAUGUGCAUCAUUCACAGAGACCUGAAUUCCCACAACUGCCUAAUCAAGCUGGACAGGACAGUGGUGGUGGCUGACUUUGGGCUGUCUCGGCUGAUCGUGGAGGAGAGGAAGAAGCCCAGUCUGGAGAAGCCCUCUGCCAAGAAGCGGAGCCUGCGCAAGAGCGACCGGAGGAAGCGCUACACCGUGGUGGGCAACCCCUACUGGAUGGCCCCUGAGAUGCUCAAUGGACAGAGCUAUGAUGAGACAGUGGACAUCUUUUCAUUUGGGAUUGUCCUCUGUGAGAUAAUCGGCCAGGUCUAUGCUGACCCCGACUGCCUGCCGCGCACGCUGGAUUUUGGCCUGAAUGUCAAACUGUUUUGGGAGAAGUUUGUUCCUGCUGACUGCCCUCCAGCCUUUUUCCCUCUGGCUGCUAUUUGCUGCAGACUGGAACCAGAGAGCAGGCCUCCCUUUUCCAAGCUGGAAGAUUCCUUUGAAGCACUCUCCCUGUACCUGGGAGAGCUUGCCAUUCCCCUGCCCUCCGAGCUGGAGGAGCUGGACCACAACGUGAGUGUGCAGUACGGCCUGACCCGUGACAAGCUGCCUGAGAGCACGACCUAGGCAGCUCACCCUGCUGCCAGCACCACUCCACUGGAGCUGAGAUGAGUGAUGGGGAGGGAGAUGCACUUCAGCCACUUCAGGGCAUUAAUGGGGCACCACGCUAUGCGCUGCUGCAUUGCCUCUCUCUCCCCACCCAGCACCCCUCCUCUUGGACAUCCUGGUUCACUGUGGAUUUCUGGCAUGUUUCCGAAGCAACAAGGGCUGCUUCUUGCCAGCUGCACCUAGGAAAGCUGCUCAACACUAUUUUUCUGGCUUGAGAAAUGUUUUAUCUGGCCUUUUCAGGCUUCUUUAUUGUGGUGCCUUAGAACUUGGCUGCAAGCUGUGAAGCCACGCUGGCCUGUUUGCCAGGGAGGGAACUGCUAGAGAAGACUCCUGGGCAAGGACCAGCACUUCUGGAACUGCUUCUCCCACUGCCUGCUCUGAAUGGGGCCACUGGACGUCCAGCAACAAGCCCCAGGAGGACAGUGUGUGUCGGUGUGUUUGUGCACGUUUAACACAACAACCCACGGAGAUUUUGGCCUCCAGUGUGCAUCAGGGGAGGGAGUGAAAAGCCCCAGGAACUGAGCAGCUCUCCUGAUACACCUUAUCUGUGGGGAAGCGUGUAGGAAUUGUUGGUUUGGUUCUGUGGAUUUUUUUCCUCCUGUCUGAAUACCUCCAAAAGCCUGCCUAGAAACACUAAGACAGAGCUCUGCUUGUCCCACCUGCUGGUGAGCAAGGCAGGCAUCAAAUGAGCCCCUCGAGCACCUCCAGCCCCUGAGCCUGCACAGUGAAUUUGCCUGCCUAAGAACCUUAACCUAGCUGAAAUGAUCUGAACCUGAAUGUGUAGAACUGCACUGGGCACUGGCUGGGGACAGUCCAGGAGUGCUACUGGAGCUCUCAGCCUGUGGACAUGAGUGGCAAAGUGGCAGAAGGUGCUCCUCAAUGCUGGGGGCCUGAAGUGGCUCAGAUUUUGAGUGUGGACAAUGGCACAAGGGGACAUGCCCAAGGCUCCUACUUAAAGGAUGGACUUGGCAUGAUCAGAAAAGUGCUGGAGAAGGUCCCAGCCUCCCAGGAGUGGCAGCUAGAGAACUAAUCAUUCAGCUGCCAUUACCUCAUCCUUCCCUGCAGACUGUGCAAGUUGCUUCCUUUGAAGGUCCUUCUUGCAGCUGCUGAUGCAGCACCUGAGCUGAUUCUCCAAGCAGAAACCUUCCUCAGGGUUGUUCCCUGCUUUUGGGGAGAAAAAACAGAGCUUGGAG